AUGUCUGCAGCAGCACAGGGAACACGCAUCACAAGGACACUCUUAGCACGGACAAGACUCGUUCGUCAGAGUCAACCCACCACCGCAGCUCGCACGUACACUUCUUCAACUUGCACGGCAGCUGCUAUUUCUUCGGGAAGUCUCGCUGCGCUUCCUCGGACAAUGACCUCCCGAUCCUCAGCACCCCUUUUCACUUCGUCUUUCUUGCGCACCUAUACCACUAUGACACCCUCAUCGCCAGAGCCAAUUUACACCACUAGCGACCUGUCCGAGGACGAUUACCACACAGCGUCAGACGCGAGCAUGGAAAGGAUGGUUGAGUACUUUGAAGAUCUGGGUGACGAGUAUGAGAUCCCUGGAUACGAUGUUGAAUAUCAGAGCGGAGUGAUGACCCUCAAACUGGGAGACAAGGGAACCUACGUCGUCAACAAGCAACCACCCAACAAACAGCUCUGGCUCUCGUCGCCCACCAGCGGACCAAAACGGUACGAUUUCGACGCCCAGCACCAGAUCUGGUUCUAUGGACGCGAUCAUCAUUCGUUGAAGUACUUGCUCGACACAGAGAUCACUAAAGCUAUCGGAAUCGAGAUCGAUGUCCCUCUGGAUGCCGCCAAGUAG